CAUGAUGCUUGUGGAGGAGGUGGAGACACGCGGCCGCUAGCGGAGAGUUUGCAGAAGUUUUUUUUUGCCGCGAGCCCCCAGAUGUCGACGAAAAGCGGCCCGUGCGUAUCGCAUCGAGCGCCGCGGCCCCUGACAUGACUGCCUCCAUUUCGGCCUGGGUUUGGAGCGAGAGCUUCUGGCUCCCCGCGAACGUGACAUGGGCGGACCUGGAGCGCCCACCUCCCGGAGCCGAGUACCCGCGAGCGGGCCAGAUCCUGUGCGCUCUUCCGCUGGCCGUCGGCGUCCUGGUCUUGCGGCUGCUCUUCGAGAGGCUAGUGGCCAAGCCCUGUGCCCACAUACUUCAGAUUCAGGCAGGAGUGAGCCGGCAAGCUCAGCCCAACGUUGUCCUGGAAAGGGUGUAUGUGUCCACAACGUGUCCAGAUGCAAAGCAGCUGGAGGGGCUCUCCAAGCAGCUUGAUUGGGAUGUGCGAAGGAUACAGAGAUGGUUUCGCGUCCGGAGGAACCAAGACAAGCCAAGCACGCUGAAGAAGUUCUGCGAGAGCAUGUGGAGAUUUACAUUUUAUCUUGGAAUAUUCAUCUAUGCAAUCCGGCAUUUGUGGGUGUCCCCUUGGAUGUGGGAUACCAAGCAGUGCUGGUAUAACUACCCCUUUCAGCCUCUGAGUCCUGGCCAAUACAACUACUAUGUAGCCGAGCUGGCCUUCUACUGGUCUCUCAUGUUCUCCCAGUUCACAGACAUCAAACGCAAGGAUUUCGUCAUUAUGCUUGUCCACCACCUGGCCACCAUAACCCUCAUCACUUUCUCCUACGCCAACAACAUGCUACGAGCAGGGACUUUGGUCAUGUGUGUCCAUGAUGUAUCUGACAUCUUCCUUGAGGCUGCCAAACUGGCCAACUACGCCAAGUGCCAGAGGCUGUGUGAUGUCCUGUUUGUGGUGUUCGGCUUAAGCUUCUUCCUCGCUCGACUUGUCAUCUAUCCAUUCUGGAUUGUCAACAGUGUUCUGUUUGAGAGCUGGGAAAUCGUCGGGCCAUACCGAUCCUGGUGGCUGCUGAACGGGUUGCUCCUGGUCCUGCAGGCUCUCCACGUCAUCUGGUUCUACCUUAUCGCUCGCAUUGCUAUCAAAGCCAUAUUCAAGGGAAAGGUGUCAAAAGACGACCGCAGUGACGUGGAGAGCAGCUCGGAGGAGGAGACCGGGACCAACUGCAGGACGGAGCUCAGUCACACCCAGAAACUGAAGGACAAAGCUGUUAAUGGUCACCUCAGUGAAGGAGCUCAUGACCAAAGAACAUAGAGAGGGGGUAAUAAAGCAGAUCAUUGCUUUAGAAGCCCUUCCUGAUGUUGCUGUGAUCCUCUAUACCUGUCCCUCACCAAAAAAACAAAAACAAAACUUGCCUCUCUCAUAUUUAGGAUUUUAUUUUCAAGUUGCUGGAAAGGGAGAGAGGAGGAGGCACUAUGUUGAGUGUGGAUUGCUUAUCACCCUUUGUCUGUUUACACCCUCAUUUUAGUUAAGGAAGGAGUCGAGAGGGGAAUGAUUUUUUUUUUUUUUUUUUAAGCAGAUUAAAACGUCAGACAUGAAUUGCAUUGCGUGUCUACUGCAACGGUGGUAUUUGUUUUUGGAAAUGGCUCUCAUUAAAAUUCAUAAUAUAUUUCAUGGUUGUGAAAUAUCAACUGUAUUUGCUUUAAUGGACAUGCUGCUUAACCACAAAGUUACAAAAAGACCAAAUAUUUAUGUUUAUUCU